CUAGCUACAUUUGACGACGUUGCUAUUCGAAAUUAAUCUUGGCUGCCAAAGCUGACUAGACCGACCUCGCCUUAUCAGUGCGUCCGUGACCCGUCGGCCCGUCAAGCUCUCCGCCUCCACCCUGCCAUGGUCGCAGACUUCGUCCAUCGUUUUGUCUGCUAACCCAACCUCUUAUCGCAAUGGCCUAUUAUGACGACGGUGGGAAUGACUCGCAGCCGUUCGGCAGAGCCCAGGGCGGCAUUCAAGGCCCUCGUCGACCUAGGCUCGUAACCGAUUAUGGAUCAUCGAUGGUACAAUGGAUGCGCAACCGGCGUCCGAAAUACCAGGGCGGCCAUCGGAUGGAGACUGAAAGACCAAGCGCCAGUUACAUGGUGGAUAUGCUCCCUCCGCUGGCACGAAUACACUCCCCGGUAGACUCGAUCCCCGUACGACAUCUGCAUCAAUCCAUCGGAAAGUCCAAAAAGCCAAUCACGGUCGUCAGGUGGACACCGGAAGGAAGGCGCUUGUUGACUGGCGGACACACUGGCGAGUUUAUGCUAUGGAAUGGGACAGCCUUUAAUUUUGAGACGGUCAUGGAUAAAGGCGAUGUGAAAUACUGGAGACCAAAUUUCAAUAACGUCGAGACGAUAGACGACGCACAUCAUGACGCCGUGCGCGAUCUAGCGUGGUCACCUAGCGAUACAAAAUUCCUUUCGGCUUCCGAUGACACGACUCUCAAGAUUUACGAUUUCACAGCAAGGACAUGCGAUACCGUCCUGACCGGCCAUAACUGGGAUGUCAAAUCGUGCGACUGGCAUCCGACAAAGGGUCUCCUGGUUUCGGGAUCGAAGGACCACCAGGUCAAAUUCUGGGACCCCCGUACCGCCCGUUGCUUGACAACACUCCAUAGCCACAAGAACACCGUGACCGCUACCAAAUUCUCGCGGGUAAACAACAACCUUCUCGCAACGUCAUCGCGUGACCAGACGGCGCGGGUGUUUGAUCUCCGAAUGAUGCGGGACAUUUGCAUUCUCCGCGGCCAUGAAAAACCUAUAUCUACGCUUACAUGGCAUCCAGUCCAUUGCUCUUUGAUUUCGACCGGUAGCGAAGAUGGAUCCUUAUACCAUUACCUGCUGGAUGAACCUAAUCUGCCAGCGGGCCAGAUACCUACUGUCGCUCCAUAUGACAGCCCUGACCCAGCAAACACGCCCGCUCAAGUCAUCUACCCAGCCCACCGGAUACAGUAUGCGCACGCCGCAACUAUCUGGACUUUGGACUGGCACCCUCUUGGUCAUAUUCUUGCUUCUGGGUCGAAAGACAACUUUACCCGUUUCUGGUCUCGGGCACGUCCUGGAGAGACGAGCUACCUGAAAGAUAGGUUUCACAUUGGGGAGGAGGCCGCGGAAGCCCAGGGAACAUGGAGUCGCAACUUCGGAAGAAGACAAAUGCGCGAAGAGGAGGAACAAGAACUGCAGGACGAGGCGGACAGUUUGGUUGACCAAAGAAAGACUCCAGGGACUGGUCUCCCUGGAAUUCAGAGCGCAUCUCAACCGGACGGGCUGGGCUCAUCUUUGUUACCAGGUAUUGGCGCGGCCCAACCUCCGCCACCCCCAGGACUUUCUACCUCUAUGGCUCCUCCCGGUAAUGCUUUCCCUCCGAACCCUGUAUUCCCCGCGUUUCCUUUUGCGCCGCCGUUUUCGGGGGCUCCACCCGCUUCAGGAGCACAACCAAUGAAUUCACCCAAUGUCAAUCUUGCCGAGCUUCAAAAGCAGCUCGCUGCGCAAGGGAUCACACUACCGCCAGGUUUCCCGCACCAUUUCACUCCUGUGUCUACACCGUUGGCGGGUGGCGGACUUCCCGGAUUACAGGGUGGUUACCAGCCUGAUAACAAUUAUGGUCGCUGA